AACGGCUCGAUGGUCGGGACUCUGAUGCUUGUGCACUGAACACAGUACACACAGCAGAGAAGGUGUGAAAAUGGAAGCGAAAACGUAGCUAUCUGUUGUCGGGAGAUCUCAUACCUGUACCUGCCCGGCUACUGUAAAGGAGUCCAUGCCCCAGACACAACAAACAUAGUACACAGGGCCUUCCCACAACAUGACUCUGACCAAGGGAACCUUCACCUACGCGAGUGGAGAAGAGUACAGCGGAGAGUGGAAAGAAGGUCGUCGACAUGGUACGGGCCAGCUCAAGUUCUCUGAUGGAACCUGCUACACAGGCCAGUUUGAAAAAGGACUGUUCCACGGGUCGGGGGUGCUGCUUUUCCAAGACGGAUCCAGGUGCCGUUUGUUUGUGUAUGAGGGGGAGUUCACCCAGGGCAAGUUCCACGGCGUGGGAGUCUACUGUCGCGGCGACGGGAUGAAGUACGAAGGAGAGUUCAGCAGCGGCCGCGUGGAGGGUCACGGAUUGCUGACCUUCCCGGACGGCACCCACGGAGCACCCAGGAACGAGGGUGUGUUUGAGAACCACAAGCUGCAGAAGAGGGAGAAGUGCCCAGGGGUGGUGCAGCAGGCCCAGGCCUCAGCCUCCGCUGCCCGCAGCCUGGCUCUGUGACCCUGCUGGGUUCACUAGGGCACUUGAGGUGCGCUUGAUUUAAGUCAACCGGUAGAGUGAAACCAGGAAGCAGUCAUCGUUCCCUUCAAUGGGCACUCAGGGACUGGCAACAGGGUUAUUCAUCAUCACCACCUUUUAUCAGGCACACACACUUACACACAUAGUCACACAUCCACAAAGUCGCACAAAGACACAUCACACACACACUCCUCCCUCCUCGCUGCCUUGGUGCUUCUAGCAGCUUCCAGUAAAAUGACUCUUUGUUGGGUUUAUUCAACAACACAGUCUGCAACAAAAUACCGAAUACCACUUCAGAAGCUUGAAAGCACAGCCUCUACUGGCUACAGAGCUGGCUUGGACAGAUAUCAAGCAUAUUAAGUCUAUUAGCAGCUUCUUUAUCAGCUCCAAGGUGCUAUACUGCGGGUGAAAGUCAGUCUCUGUUGUUGUGACAUGUCUUCGCCAUAUUUCUGACAGGCUGGCUGCUGCCUGUGUGAAAGAAGCAGUCUCCUUGUUUGACUGAAUGUUUUUUUUUUUGCCAGUGAGGUUCAGUUCAUGAAUCUACUUUCUACUGUGAACUGCAGAGCAGUUUGCUGUGGCGUAGAGGUUGGUGUUUGUCAUAGCUGUUUUCACUGAGCAGAGAGAGACCAGCACACCAGUUUCCUUUGGAGUAGUGGUGGUGAAUGUCAUUACUGUUGAGGAGGGAGAGACCAGCAGACUCCAGUUAGGAACAAAGGAUUUGAGGGGCCUGGUUUUCACAUAUGCCUUAAACGAGUGGGAUGAUGGUCGAGAAAGGAUCGCUUUCAUUUAUCGAGGCUCCAAAUCCUCCUUCCCUCCCUUCUAAUCUUCCCCUCCUCCUCCUCUCCUCCUCACCCCACUCCCCUCCCCCUCUCGCCUCCCUCCUCUUCCCCUGUCAUAUACACCUCUACCUUCUUCAUCCUUUCCUCUCCUGCUCCUCUCCCUGUCCGCCUCCUCUCAUCCCCCUCUAUCUGGCCUCCUCCUUCCCCCUGGUGUGCCCCAAGGCUGGGGUGAUAGGCGGGAGGGGGGGUGGAGCAGGACAGAUGGAGGGGUAGAUGAUCCGUCUUCAGUCAUACCGAGGUGUGCAGCUAUGUGUGAAGACCUCUGUCAAACUGAGGAGAUACUGUACCUGCAGGAGCGGAGACCUACCGUGGCUGAACCCCCCUCUACACCCACUCAGAAAUACAGUACACAAUACCAUGUCUGGAGUUGCAUCCCCUUUGGAGCGAUAUGCUGCUGUAUGAUUCUGGGAUUCUGUCAUGUUUGACUCUUUUGCAGAGAACAAAGGGGAUUUGUUGAGUUGACUCCUUGAAUUGUGCGUGUGUGUACUGUGUGUACUUGCAUGAUAUAAACAUUUAUUAAACGAGGAUCUUUUUGAGUUUGCAAGAUGGUGAAUGGGGAAGUGAUUUAAAUGUAUAAUAGUUUGGAUGGAUCUGUGGUUUUUAAGUAUUUUCUUAGACUUUAAACAAGUAAAGAUUUCAGUGUUGUAUCUCGGUUUUGGACUAGCUUGUUUGAUGGUUGUAUUAUUCUGUAAUCAGAACUUGAAUGUGGUUUGUUUAAAAGUGCUUUAGUACAAUGUUCUGUUCAACCUAUUCAGUACUAUCUCACCAAAUGAUUUUUGAAACGGUGGAAUUUUUGAGAGAUGCCUUAGUAUAGCCUUAACCAAAGACUGUUGAUUGAUUUCAUGUGAAGGAAGUGCUCCAAAAUAGUAAGACAACAUGUAUAGUGUAUAUAUAUGGAUCUCUAUGAUGUUCUCAAAGAAUAAGCAUUGAUGGGGGGUUUUUCUCCACCAUCUGUCCAUCAUGACGGUGUAAGAUGUGUGAUUCCUUUGUGUGAGACGGCACAUGGAGCAGGUAUUCCCAAGGAGAACCUGGUCCCCAGAGGGUUAGUCACGGGGGCUGAAGACACAUAGACUGUCUGGGGAUUUUCUAGGGCUGUCAUUUCUUUUUUUCUUUGAAUGCAGAAACGUUGACAAUAAACAUCC